UAUUCUACAGUAUUCAACCAACGAUACUGAUCAAUGGCAGCAGCAUGGCAACACUGAUACACAGUAUGAAGAUUUUGAUUCAGAGGAGGAAAGCAAUCGAUAUUAUGAUGAGAGCAGAAAGUGGUUUUGGUCUUUCAAAAGAGAACGGUGGAUCCGUGCAGAGAACAGCAGGCGAGAAAGCCAGUAUGAUGAUCAACGAUAUGACAGAUCUGACUCGAGAAGAAGUCGCAAUCGUGAGCGAAGAAGAGAGAGCCAGGGUAGAAGACGAACAGACUACAAUGACCGAGCAUUUUAUGAUAAAUAUUAUCGUGAUUCUUAUGAUCGGGAUUACCAUCGUUGGGAGUCUGACUCUAGUGGGUCCAGUGGUGAUAGUCAGCGGCGUGGUUCUCGUUCAGGACGAUCAUCUCGGGCCGAGUCUCCACGUUCAGUUUCAACACGGUCGAGCUCGCGGGCUCGACGAAGUAACUACCGCCACUCGAAACGAACGGUCUACGACUAUGAAGAUUCUAAUCGCAGAGGCGAGGACUAUUAUGGUCGAAGUCACCAAUCAUCUCGUAGCUCAAGACGAUUGAGCUCAGGAAGUUACAGCUCAUCCACGUCAAACUCUCUGGGAGAAAGCAUCAAGCGGGAUGACCAGAACAAGCAACAACAGAGUAGUGCAAUCACCGCUGAAGAUACGGUUAAACGGAUAAUUACUCCUGAACGACUAACCCCGAAGCAGCAUACAAAACAUCAUAUUGUUGGAGCGUUUUCAACCGCCUCUCGAUUGAGUGUUGCUCCAGCCAGACAGGUCCUUGAUGCUGAGACUGCUGAAGUGUACUUGACUGAUGUCAAGAGCGAAGGAAGAUUCAACGAGGGGAUGCGCAAUUUCCCUGGACCACUUUGCAGGGGCAAAACCCAUAAACGGGAUGUUGUAAAGUAUGCCAAAGAGAUGGCCAUGAUGGCUUUCAACAACCAAAGCGAUUCUUUUGAAAAACGCGAGGCUGGCUACAUUCUUUGGCAAGUGUUGGCUGUUAUGGUCCAACAUAAUGGGGUGUACUUCAACACCGAUAUUGCCGAGGUUCUAACCUCGGACCUACCCGAAGAUUCUUAUACAAGACGGGAACAAAGUUUUUCCAGCUCUCAAAGGGUAUCCUUUGCAGCUGAUGGGCAAUGUCAUUCCAAACACGAUCAAGUCGCGACAUAUCGAGAGCUUCUCUUGGCUGGCAAAACACAGGAAGCUCUGGAACACGCAGUAAACUCCAAGAUCUGGGGCCACGCCUUGAUGUUAGCAUACCACACUGACCAGAAUGUAUUUUCGAAUAUCAUGGAAAGAUUCAACAGUCAACUUAAUGAGGACGAUUCCUUGUUAUGUUUGUAUCAGCAUCUCGGGUCUAAGCGACCUUCAAUUUUAGAUAAAAAGACAAGGCGAUGGAGAAAACAUUUGGCAAUCAUGAUUUCAAAUCCAUCCAAGUCAACCGCUAAAGAUAGCGAAAAUAUUCAUGCACUUGGCGCGAGCUUAGAGUCUCGUGGCCUGAUUGAAGCAGCUCAUCUUUGCUACAUAUUAGCAGGAGAAGGAAUUAGUAAACAGAGUGGCACAGUGUUACUAGGUUAUUCUUCGAAUGAAAUCCGACCAGAAUUCGUGGAUUUCCUGGCUCUUCAACGCACAGAGAUAUAUGAAUACGCUAUGAGCCUCAAAGAUGAAAAUUUUAUAAUAAAAGAUUUCCAGCCAUGGAAAGAAUUGUACGUCCAUUCAUUGGCCGAUGCCGGAUUCCAUAAUAAAGCAUUUCGUUAUUGCGAGAAAUUGGUAGAUGAUGUCUUGAAGCAUUCAACAUCCUUUACUAAAGAUAUGAUAACGCGACUUCAUGCGUUAUCCAUGAGACUUUACAGACGAGAAUUUAUUGCGCCGUUAUUAGAUAUGAACGGACGCCUGCAACAAUUGUUAGAUCUACUCAAGGAAAACAACGAAACCUUAGGGCACUCGUUCUUGUCUACCAGCAGCUGGCAAACAUUGGCGCAACAACUACCUCAGCAAUCGCAACUUCCACAGGAAAUGCCGUAUGAACACACGCAAAACAUUGAUAAUAAAGAAGUUCAAAAUUCCACUACAAUGGUACCUACAAUGUUUGUUCCUCAAACAAAUAGUGACAAAGUCCAGGAACAAGUUUUAUAUCGCGAGGACAACAAAGCUUCUCAGAGUUUUGCUCAAUUCGAGCCCACCGCUGCACCAAGUGGCAACAUGUCCUAUACCGGGGAAUUUCAAGCUCAAGAACCAGUACCAUCGCAAGGGAAUUACCCCUGCGGGGUUGCUCCCACCGACCAAACUCUUCCACCGGAGAAUUACCCCUAUGAAAAUGUCGCACAAGCAGUUCCGAGCAGCAUAGAGCACGAUGAAACAGGAUUACCAAGUUCUGGCACAAACUUCUACGAAGGGGACUCUUUUGAGCAUUUGUUACGGAAGCAGCCGAGUAAUGCUAGUGUUAACGCAGUCGAAACAAGUGGAAUUUCAGCGCCUGCGACUUCAGAUAAUAGUUUUGAUUACUACGCUCAAUCUAACUUCAGGGAAUCAAAUAUUGCGAAUGGCGCAAAGAAAGAAGAAACUCAAGCCCAGACCAAGGAAGAGAAGAAGACCAAAAAAGACGAUAACAAGAAGUCAGAGAAACAGAGUGGCGGGUUAUUUACGUCAUUCGGCGGUUUCUUGAAAUCUUUCAUUCCCAAACGCAAGAACGAGAUUAUCUUAUUCGGGGCAGAUUAUACCCAAGAGCAAAAUGAAAAAGCAAAAAAAAAGAAAACGCAGUAAAAUGAAAAACAGUAUAAAUACAGUAUUAAAUUUAUGUAAAUU